AUGCAGAGCCCGGGGAUGCUGAGCAUAGAAAGCGGGCGGCGGGGUGCGAAGGCCGAGACUCAGCGGGGGGCGAAGAGGCAGAGGGGUCCUCAGGCAGCGGCCGCGGUGCGCAUCCCGAGCGUGCAGGAUAUGAUGAAGCAGAAGUGGGGCGCUGCAUCGCGAGGCGCUGCACCGCCUGGUCAAUCGGGGUCGAGCUCGCGCUCCAUCCCACCUGGAGAAGCUGCACCCAAACCACCGGGCCCUGCCGGGGCAACCGCGACAGUGACAACCACUGCGGGUAAGGGCAAGGGUAAGGCGGAGGAUGGAGAGGUGUCGGCUGCUGCGGGUUCGCUGGCCGCGAGGCGUGAGGGCCAGUCCGCGGCGGCUGCUGCGGCGGAGGGAAGGCAGACCGCGCUCGCACCCGCUCAUCCUGCGAUUACCGCGGGACAUCUGCACAGCGCGCUGGCAUCUGCAGGUCCUAGCGCGGCCGCGGUCGAGGCCAAGACGGAAAAACGCGGGCGAGGCAAGAAGUUGCCCCCUCCACCCCUGUACACCAUCGACGGUGACGAUGCGGACGAAGAGCUCAAGAAUCUUGCGAGCCGGUGGGUCUUGGAGGAGGGCGACGGAGGAAAGCAGGGUGUGGAGGCCGCGGUCGAGCUUCCUAGCGGCGGGGAGAGCGCGGACGAGCAGGACGCAGAACCCGUGGUCAUGCUAAGUGGCACAACGGGGGGACAGGGUGACACAGGCAGCAAGCGCAAAGGCUGUAGUAUCCGCAAUCCUCCCAGGGGCGGUCCUGGCUUGGUUUCUGAACCGCAUCUGGGGGGGAAGAAGCGGUGGCUUGGACACGGCGAGCGCGACGACCUGCAGUACAAGACCGCGGUCGCGAUGAUGCCGUACGACCUGAAGGUGGAUCCCGGGCUGCACCUCAGCUCUAAGCAGCUGCGGGAGUGGGCCGCGGACCUGUCCGCUGCCGAGGGGCUACACACGGGCCUCCUCAUCACCAUGCAUCACCGCAACCUCGUGGCCAGCAGGGAAAGGUGGACCCGCAUGUUCAAUCACUACCGCGAGCUGACCCAGCCUGGAUCGAUCACCACCAACGAGAUUGCAUGGGCCGUGGUGGUGGGCACGGAGGUUGCAGCUGAAGAGACGGAGCUCUACUGCGAUGUGGAUCCGAGGGAUUACGCGGGAGCGAUCGCGUGCGCGAUCGCAACGCUGUGGGAAGUGACUCGCGGUUCUGCGGUCUCGACCGCGUCGGAUUCUGGCAAUUUGGCCGCGCGAGCGGUUAACUGCCAGAGGGAUCGAUGCCCUCGGUUCCCCGUAGUAACCGCGUACGUCAUUAGGGCUGUGCGGAGGCGCAAUGCUCGCGAGCAGCAGGCUAGAGACGACGAGCCUAAGGUGGUCGCGGAUCCGAAGGUGGUCGCGGACGCGAUUGUAUCUGAAGUCGUGAACGAGGUCAUCGCCAAGUCUCGCGAUCUCAGGCAAAUUGAGAUGGCCGCUCGCAAAACGGUGGACGUUAUCAUCACCUGGUGCGACUGCUCGGUUGCAGGGAAGGUCAUGGAGUCCAUUGGGCUUUACCUUGCCCUGCCCAAGGAUCGUCCUAAGAAGCGGACUUGA